AUGCCAGCCGCCGCUGAGCGCGAUGACCGUGGUGCUUCGGGGCUUGAAUCGUUUGCAAAGGGAGCAGCUAUCUCAGCAGCUGGUCUAGCAUUAGGCGAGAACCUCUUUCACCAACGACCUCGCAGUCGCUCCACCUCCCCUCCAGCCGCAGACAAAACCGCCCUCGAUCUGGCCCCGAAGUCCCAGAGUAGACCCUCCUCCCCAGAAGCCAUAAGAAAUGCAGCAGCAGCAGCAGCAGCAUCAGGAGAAGACGACAUCACUCGCGGCCGCAGCCACUCCACUGCACGAUCCAUCACCGAAUCACCCACAGCAGUCCCCUUGCACUUCCGCCGCCCGCCGCUAUCCCCCGGUCUCUCGCGUGCUGUGCCAGUGCCAGUGCCAACGACAGAAUCACCACCACCAGCCGUACCAUCACCAGGAUCGCCCACCCAGCGCCACCGCCGCUUGAACUCCGUCGAGUUCCGCAACUCGCGUGAGAUCCGUCCUCUCUGGCUCGUCGAGCGUCACGGCUCAAGUAAAGCCGAGCCCGAAGCAGAUGAACCACUCCCCUCCCUGCCCUCCAGCAAAACUUCCUCCCGCGCCCCCUCUGUCGAAGACCUCCGCGCCCUAAACGAGGAGGAUGGAGUCCGGAGCUGGGAAAAUGUCGACCUUAGCCACUCCAUUAUGGAGAAUCGUCGACCGGCUGGUCUGACCAUCUCAACUGACCAUCACCGAGACGUCGACGUCGACCGAGAACUCGACGUUCUCGAUUCCCAACAGGCAACGCCGACAGCGGAGGACUUCGUACAUGUUUCUGAAUCAGCCAAGAAGGAGAAGUUGAAGUAUGAAUUCCAUUCUCCGUCUGAAUUGCUGCAGGAUCCGAACUCUUAUCCUGAAAUUCCUUCGUCGCCUACGAUGGAGAAUUUGCCUUCGGCUGAGGGGUCGAUGGUUGGUGGUAAGCAGCAUGAUGAAUCUGAAUCUGCCGUUGAAGGUGGUGGGCAUAAGAAUACUCAUGAACUUGCUCUUGAACAACCUGCUCAACUAGAUGUCGAUGUGAAUGUGAGUAUGGCCGACCAGCAGCUCGGAGAACCUGGUACCGCCAUCGAAGAAAAGGGUCCUCAAAUUUUCGCUCCUGAAGAGGCCAUUGAGGAAGGAAUAGCUAAGGAUAUUGUUCCCGAGUCUGUAGAGCCAGAGCAACCCGUUGAGCUAGUUCAAGAGCAACCGACAGCCACAGAGGAACCGGUUGCGGAGGAGCCGGCGACUACGUCUUCUUCGAAGAAGAAAAAGAAGAAGAAUAGGAAGGGUAAGAAGGAUCAAGUUAGCGAUAGCGUUGAUUUGCCUUCUGAGUCUGCUCCGGUUGUUGAGGAACAGGUUCCUGUUCCUGUUCUGGAGACUGGGGGUGGGUCUCGUUCUAUUGAGCCUGAAGCUAUGCCUGCUCCUAUCGAAGAGGUUACAGCUCCCGUGGAAGAGGCUCCAGUUCCUUUCGAAGCGGUUCCUGUUCCCGUGGAAGAAUUUUCUGCUCCUGCUAUGCCAGAGCCAGAGGCUGAGCCAAAAGAAGUCUCUAGGGAAAUCGAGGCUGAGCCCGUUCCCGCCAUCACCGAGCCCGUUGACUCCGCUGUCAUUGAGUCUACACGAGAGAUCGAUACUACUCCCGUCGAGCCCGCUGAUACUGUUUUCGAAGAGCCCGCUGUUGAAGCUCACCCUGAGCCUGAAGUCCCCAUGACUGCGGCGCAGAAGAAGAAAGCCAAGAAGGACAAGAAAAAGAAGGCGAAGGGUUUCUCCAUUGCAGAGCCGACAGAAGGUGCUGUCACAGAUAUUGCUUCUGAGCAAUCCCCAGAGCAGGCCCAAGACCAACAAGAAACCAUUCUUGAGCCUGUCUCGGAGUCUACCCCUGCUGCUGAGACCGAGUCUACGGAAAAAGAAAUUCCCCAGGAUACCAAUAUCCCUGAGCCUCCAGCCCCAGCUGAAGAAGUGCCUUCUGACGCCCAAGAGACUCGUGAAAUUGUCGAUGCUGCCGAACCAGUUAUCGACGAGAACCUUGAGAAUGAUGUUCCCAAUUUUACCGAGCAGUCAGAGCCAGUGGUGGAGGACGCUGAAAAGUCUACCGAAGUGGCUGCAUCUGACUCUCGUGACAUCGAAGAGUCAGAGCCCGUCUUCUCUGAGGCCCAAGAAUCAGCGCUGCCGGAGCAAAAUGUCGACACCGCUCCAGCCCCCAUCGAGCUUACAGACAGGACCGCCGAAUCAGACGAAGACAUGUUCCACGAGACUUUCCAGGAGCAACCUGCCACCGCUGAGGAUAUCAAAGAUAUCCCCUCCGAUCAGCGAAUUGAAGAGCAGCCUACGGUUCCAGCAGAGCAGCCCGAGGAGCCUAAGCCUGAAGAAGCAGUGGAAGAAGCAGGUUCAAAGAAGAAGAACAAAAAGAAGAAGAAGAACAAGAAGUCUGCUACUGAAGAGACGGAUCUUCCUUCUGAGUCUAAACCUGCUGAUCUCGAGCCUGAACAGGAACAGGAACAGGAACAGGUUGCCGAAGAUGUCAAGCCUGAGCAAUCUGCUUUCGGUAAACCUGCUGAUUCCCAGGAUGUUUCAGCUGCUGCUGAUAUUCAGCCUGGGCUUGAACCUGAACAGCUUAGUAAGGAAGUUGUUGAGCCUUCUUUUGAGGAGUCUCCUGCUGUUCAGGAACCCGAGUCUGUCCUUGAUCACGUCGAGCCUGUUCCCGAGUCUAUCCAGCCUGUCGAACCUACUUCCGAAUCAUUUUUGCCCAUCGCUGAGCCUACUAAGUCUAUCUCCGAGCCCAUUAAUGCUGCCUCGGAGCCUCAACCCACCGAGGAGACUCGCGAAAUUCCAGUCGAACCUGCUUCUGAAACUUCCCCCAACGCCGAGGCUGAGGCUGAAUCUGAAGUUCCUAUGACCGCUGCGCAGAGGAAGAAGGCCAAGAAAGACAAGAAAAAGAAGGCCAAGCAGAGUGUUUCUUCUAUUCCCGAGGAAGAGAAACCUGUUGAAGCCCAGCCUGAGUCUCAACCUGUUGAAUCUGAGCCUGUUGAGUCCGCUGAACCCGCUGAACCCGUUGAGCCUUCCGAGCCAGUUGAGUCUGUUCCGCCAGUCGAAUUCGCCGAGCCCAUUGAAGCAUCUCCGAUUGUCGAGGACACCCCUCCUGUUGAAUCUCCAGCCGAAGAUAUUGCCAAAGAAAUCGAAGUUGCCCCUGAAGCAGUAGCAGAGGAAGUCGCUGCUGCCGAAGAGAAACUAGAUGAUUCAGUCGAGGUAGAGCAGCCAAAGAUACUUGAACAGGAACUCUCUGUCCCUGCCGAUGAGACAACUGUCAACGUUCCCGGUGACGUUCAAAUCGCUGAGCCUGCACAAGAGCAGCCCGAAGUGCCUCAAGAGCCCCAAGAGCAGUCUGCUGAACAAGAACCUGCUGGCGAGCCUGAGGCGGAGGUUCCUAUGACAGCAGCUGAGAGAAGAAAGGCCAAGAAGGCUAAGAAGAAGCAGCAGCAAAAAGAACAAGAAAUUGUUGAUGUGGUUGCCGACGACGCACAAGCCGUUGAGACUGUGCCUGCUCCCAACCCUGAGACUGAAGCAACCAAGGAAACAGAGGCCACCACUGAUGCCGAAAUUCCUGUUGCUGAAGAUUCUGCCGUCCCUGCCGCUGCUGUUGAGACCGAGGAGACCAGCAGAGAUAUUCAGACUGAAACCGAGGCACCUAUUGAGGAGACCCUUGCUGAUACUCCUGCUCCCUCUGAAGUUAUUCUUGCCUCAAAUGAAUCUCAAGAGGAAGAGCCGAACUAUGAGCCUCUUGAAACCAAUACCCCCAUUGAAGAGGACUCCGCCCAUGUUUCCGCCGAACCACUUCCUGAAGUCCCAGAGGCAGAGGCAGAGGCACCUCAAGAAGAGUCUCAAACUCCUGCAACCGACCCUGAGUUUGAAGUUCCUAUGACAGCUGCCCAAAAGAAGAAGGCCAAGAAGGACAAGAAAAAGAAGCGCCAAUCUGUGGUUGAAGAGCAAUCUGUACCUGAGACGGAUCCCACUCCCGCCGAAAAGGAGACUGAGCCAACCACAGAAGCACCCACUGAGACUGUCCCUGCCACUUCUGAAGAGAUCGCGCCUGAACCUGUGACAGAAUCAACUGAACAACAAGUUGAAGCUCCUAUUGAGCCGUCUGCAGAUGAUGCUGCCCCUCCCAGUGAGCCUAUGUCUGAAGAACCAACUGCAGAUUCCACUGUGAUCGAUUCUACCGUCCAGGAUGUUCCUGCCGAAGAAACUCCUGCCUUGGAGAAGUCCCUUGAUCAUCAACCCCAAGGAGAACAGGCUGUUACUGAGCCUUCUCCUGAAGAGACCCCCAAGCCAGAGGAACAGGUUUCGGAGGAGCCACCUGUCGAGAGUAUUCCUGUCGAGCGUGCCCCUGCCGAGGACCCUGAGCAGACUUCUUCCAAGUCGAAGAAAAAGAAGAAGAAGAACAAGAAGAAUCAGUCCGUUUCCGAAGCUGUCACUCCGGAGGUUCAGCCUGAGCCUGCUAAGGAGGAGUCUACUGAGCCUGCUGCUGAGCCUACUGCUGAGUCUACUGAGCCUGCUGCUGAUCCUAUUGCUGAGCCUACUGCCGAGCCUGCUAUUGAGCCUACUGCCGAGCCUGCUGUUGAGCCUACUGCCGAGCCUGCUAUUGAGCCUACUGCUGAGCCUGCUGUUGAGCCUACUGCUGAGCGCUCCUCCGAAUCUGCUGCAGGAUCUGCUCCUGAACUCAUCGGUGAAGCUUCUACUGCCGAGCCUGUCGUUGUCGACUUUACUGUGCCCGAAGAACAACUUGAAGUGUCCGAGCCAGUUGCCGCUGAGAACACCGAGCCAGCUCCCGCCUCUGAAGAGACUCCGAAGGAUGCCACUGUCGCCGAGCAAGAAAGCGUCGAGGCUGAGCCAGAGGCCCCUAUGACUGCGGCACAAAAGAAGAAGGCGAAGAAAGACAAGAAGAAAAACCGCAAGUCUGUGGCCUUCGACGAGUCGCCUGCUUCCCCAGCCGAGCCCCUCGCAGAAGACCAAGACACCACUCAGCCAACGACAGAUUCCGCAGUUGCCGAUGUUUCGGCAGACAAGGAGAUCCCAAAUCCCGAGGAAGCAGCUGUAGAUCAACCUGAAGUUUCCCAAGAUGUCUCUGAGCAUUCCGGGGAGACAAUUGAGAAAACGCAGGAGAUAAUUGCACCCGAGCCAACCCUGGAGACUUCGGAAGAGCCAUCGACAACUGCCCAAGCUGACGACCAAUCUGAGCCGUCGCCAGAAAGCCAAGUCCCUUCCGAUGAAAAGCCCGCUGAGAGCACCGAGUCGGCUGAACCCAUUGCUGAUGCUACAUUAACUGCCGCUGAGCGUCGCAAGCUCAAGAAGAAGGAGAAAAAGAAGAAGGGCAAGUCCGUGGACUUGACUGAAGAAGAACCUUCCGCUCCUUCCACUCCCGUCGAGGCACCCCAGGAGCCUGAGGCUGCCGCAGAGUCUCAGACAGAAGCUCCCAAGGACAUCAAUCUAAAUUUUCCCCAAACAGAGGAGGCUUCUGUCUCCACCCCGGAGAUUGUGGAAGCUUCAAAGGUGGAGGAACCUGAAAUGAAGGAACUGGACGAUAAAGCUGAUGCCCCUGCGACCACACAGCCCGAGGAGCCUGAAUCGACAAUCGCCGAGACCGAGAAGCCUAUCGACGACGAGGUUGCACCUCCCAUCGAGGAGCCCGCCGAGACAGAGGCCACUCCUUCGACUGAUGCACCAGCACAGCCAGACUCCGCUUCUCCCGAAAUCGAUGUUGCCAUGUCAGCCAAGGAGAAGCGGAAAGCGAAGAAGGAUAAGAAGAAGCGCCAGUCCAAGAACCUCGAAGCCGACACCCCCACGACCGAUGAUGCCGCCGUCCCUGCCGAGCCAGUCACCCAAGACUCUGACAAGACCGUCCCUUCCGAAGACACGCGGGAUUCUUCCAUACCCGUGACGGCAACCUCGCCUGCAGAGCAUGACGGUAAAGAUCAUCAGUCCCACGACAUAGAAACGCCCGACGCCCCGGCAAAUGAUUUGGCUCCGACUGAUGAAUUCGUGUUUACGCAGGUAGAGCAGCCAGAGAUAGAGAGUCGUUCAUCAGAUUAUCCUCCCCAGCCCGUGCUUGAGCGUUCGAUGAGUUUUAGCGAGUCGACGGAGCGAGAUGUGCAGAAAGAGGGGGAAACUCCAGCCACCGAAGAAGUUGAGGCAGCGAACGUCGCCGAAGACCAUGUUAUUGAUGAAGUUGUGAAGGAGGAUGCAGAGGAGCAGUAUAAGGUUGUUGUUGAUGAUGUUGCUGCUGAUAUUGCUCGUGUCGAAGAGGAGAUUACGGGAGAGGAGAUUAUUGAGCCUGUGACUGCGGAGGAAGAGUCUGUGCCGAAGGAGGAAGAUAUUACUGAAAAAGCUAUCGUCGAGGAAGCUCCCGCUGAGGAGUUUACUGAGACCGCACUGGAUGUCAGUGCCCCCGCCGAACAGGAGCUGCCUGUUGAGGAGCCCCUCCAGCCAGCCUUGUCCAAGAAAGAAAGGAAAAAGAAUAAAAAGAAGCAGCAGCAGCAGGAGGCGCAAAGCGAAGAAGUCCCUGUCGCUGAGCCGGAGGAAGUGGUUGAAGAGAAUACCGAGCAGGCAGAAGCUGAGCCCGCCAUUGUUGAAGAAGCCCGCGACAGGUCGAUCCCUGAUCCUGAGUUCGAGCCAGUUGCAGAGCAAGAGGAGGCUGUACCUGCGGAAGAGCCGAUACAGUCGACAGAAGAUGUUGUUGAGACUUCCGCAUCUCAGCCGCUUGAAGAGAUGGAAUAUUCCAAGGAGGUCGAACCAGCCGAAGAAGAGCCUGCUCCUGCUCCUGCUCCUGAGCCCGAGGCAGAGGAAGAUGUACCAGUGCCAAAGAAGAUGAGCAAGAAAGAGAAGAAGAAAGCUGCUGCUGCUGCCGCCGCAGCCGCCGCAGCCGCGGAAGAGAAGGCCACCGAGGAGGUCUUGCCCGAGGCAGUUGAAGAGCCUGCUGCUCAUACACAAGAUAUCAAUGUUCCUGCCACUACUUCCCAACAAGAAGGCCCGCCCCCUCUCGAUACGAUUGAGCCCGAAUCUCAGCUUUCCGACCUUCCCAUUGAUUUGCCAAAAGAUAUCGACUCGCCUCUGAUCAAGGAACAACCGCUUGCUAUCGACGAGGCCGGCGAAGAGCAACCUGCUAUUGAAGUGCCCUCUACAGAGAACAAUACGGAGGAGCCUGAAACCGCCCUUGAAUCGACCAAGGAAGCUGCUCUCAAUGUUCCCUCCACAGAUCCCCCUGUCGAAGAGACUUCUGUCGAACCGGCAGUAGAGCCUGAGAAUGAGUGGCCUACCGUAUCGAAGAAGAUGAGUAAGAAGGAGAAGAAGAAGGCUGCUGCUGCUGCUGCUGCCGCCGCCGCCGCUCUUGAAAGUGAAAUGCCUGCCGAGCCUGAGCCAGAGUCCACUGUGGAAGAACCAUCCGUGUCCCCAGAGGAAACCAUGGAGAUUUCAAGACAACUGCCCACAGUGGAAGAUAAUCAAGGCGUAGUUGAGCAGCAGGAUGAAUCCCAACAAGUGGAGUCGACCGAAAAAGAGCUCAUUGAACCGUCGACACAGGAGACAGUUGUGGCAAUCCAAACUGAGCCUGUGGUAGGAGAAUCGCCUGCUGAACCUAUGACUCGCAAGUUGUCGAAGAAGGAAAAGAAGAAGGCCAAGAAGCAGGGAAAGACAGAGCCUACCGAUCUGGCUGCCACUUCCACUGAAGAGCUCCCGACGGAAUAUGCACCUGUAGACGCUGUCAAUGAAGAUGUCCCGACAGCUUCUGAAGCGACUGGUAUCGAAACGACCCGCGAAAUUGUUCCAGAGUCAGAGCCCGUCCACGAGGUGUUAGCUGAGGAGACAACGGAGACUCAACCCGAAUCCUAUGAUAUCCCUGCUGCGAUUGAGCCAGAGAACCAAGAGACAUCCGAGCAAGUCGAGAAGGAUGAGCCUGUUGUCUCCCUCGACCCCUUCGAUGGCCCUUCGCCCGCCGAAGCGAAGGAUCAAGGACUCCCUGCCGAGCAAAUCGAUGAAGCUACUCUCUAUCAAACCCGUUCUCCGGAAGAGCAAGAACAGAAAAAAGAAGAGGAAGAGACAAAACUCCAAAUCCAAGCUCUUGAGAAGGCGGCAGACCUCGAAGUAGCUGGUGAUUUGUUCGAAGACAGACCACGGGAACCAGAAGCCGCUGCCCCUCUUUCAAAGAAGCUUUCCAAAAAGGAGAAGCGCAAUUCCAAGAAGAAGGGUGCAGUUGAAGAACCGGUUGAAGAAAACCAAGAACAAUCUACCCCAGAGGUACCUUUUACCCAGUCUAGAGAAGAAGAGCAAUUGACUACGACUACGCCUGCGCCUUUACCCGAAGUUCAGUCUACAGUUGAGCCGGGGCCCGAGGUCCAAAAUGAGCCCCAGAUCGAAACUGAAUCAACAAGGGAGCUCCAGCCUGAGCCAGAGAUGUCCAGGGAGAUUGAGCCUAUAAUCGAAUCUCCCCUUCCUACUGAAACCGAGACUGCUCCAGACGCUAUCCCAUCAGAGCCAGUCGAAACCGUCGAACCCGUUGAACCCGUCACAGAAACACCACUCUCAAGCAAGGCUUCGAAGAAAAAAUCAAAAAAGGCCAAGAAAGCGGCCCAAGCCUUCGAUGUGGAAGCAUCUCCCGCCACUACGACUGAGGAACAAGAGCCUGCCGCCCCUGGUCAGGAAGAGUCUAGCCAUGACCGUGAGCUUUCGGAAUCGACUCCCAAGGAGAAGAAACCGGGGGAUGACGAAUUCCCUACAAUCGAGUGGGAGCAUGGCCGGUCUCCCAAGCGCGAGACCUUCGAGGCAGAAUCACCCGAGCUCCAGGUAAAGAUUCCUGAGCCGGUUCCCCAAACCAUUGAGGAAUAUGAUGAGUCUGCAAUCCCCGUUGCUCUGCAAGAGGCCAAGGAGCAGUCCCAAGAGGCGACCGAGGAAGAAGCCUGGGCUGCCCCAUUGAGCAAAAAGGACAAGAAAAAAGCCAAGAAAAACAAGAGAAAGUCCGAACAGGCAAGCCUUGCAGAGCCUGAGGCGGAGGAGCCCUUGCACAAAAGAGUCGAAUUGGCGACUGACUUCCCCGAGCCACCAAUUGACACUGUUCUCUCCAAAGAGAUCGAAACUCAGCCACCGGCGAGAACUACGACUCCCGGCGGCUCCAAGAUUGCCAAUCUCUUUCCCGGUCUCGAGCGAGGCGGGUUCAAACGAUCGGCUCUGGACAACAAGACUCCGUCGCUAAAAGAUAGUGCUGAGGAUGAGACUGAAGCGGACAUGGAAGCUAAUCGCGAUAUCGCGAUCCCCGUCUCGGAAGCACCCCAAGCGACCCCCAAAUCCAGAGAAAUUACUGAGAGCAGUCGUGAACUGUCUAUUCCUGCUGAAGAUGUACCAGGCUUGCCAGAUUCACCCGUCGCUUUCCAUGAAGCGCCGAUCGAAGAACCAGAGCCAGAACCAGAACCAGAGCUCCCGGUUCAAAGUGAGCGGCCCAUGCAGUCUGCCUCUAAGGAACGAUCCUCAAUUCUAUUCGACUCAUCUCCAUCUACACGUACAGAGGAGGCAUCUACACCCCGGCGUUUAUUGCCAUCCCAGAUGGAAGCCCCCGAUCUAUCCCCCUCCCCCUCCCUCUCUGGACUACGCCGAACUCCCUCCGUGAUCCACGGGCGUCAUCAGCAAACGCCGCGAACGUGGACCCUUGACGAAGAGUCUAUCCCUGCGACCAGUGGCCCAUCACCACCGCGAUCCCUCUUUGGAGGGCCUUUUGGAGAUCAUGAUGCUCUAUCGCGACCCCGGACUCCGCUCGAUCCCAUUGCGGAGCAAGAACCAGCGGAUGGGGAGAAAGCGACCAUGGCUCGCUCCGGGACGCCCCGUCUGGAGAUCAAACCGGAGCAUGUCCUUCCACGACCAGUGACUCCAGUGCGAAAAUUCACCGACAAUGCGAUGGCACGAGAGAGGUGGCCCACCCCUGAAAAUGAGAAUACUCGCAGUCAGGACAGCCUCAAGAGUGGCAGUGGCAGUGGAUCAGGACUGUCACCAUUAAAAACUCCGGAGCAGGGGAUGCCAGUACUCAAGCCCAGUGGGAGCAAGGGCAAGCUACGACGCACGAAUCGUAGCACGAGCAGCGAUCUGCGGGCGGCUAGUCGGGCUUUAGACGAGGACGAGUCAGAGUCUCAGCUCCAGCCCCAUCCCCAGUCUCAGUCUCAGUUCUCCCAGCCUCCACCCAAUCUCGAUCUCGAUCAACUUCCUUCUUCUUCAUCCUACGACCCCGUCAAUGACAAGGGCAAACGCCCCCUGCGAAAUAUGGAUGUCUAUGGUUGGGGUGAAACACCCAGUUCCCCGCGGUCGCCCAGCCGACCGCCUAGCGUCCGUCGUCGCCGCAGCAUGCAACACCUCCAGGAUAUGGAAACCCGUCUCGACCAACUCAUCUCAGAGAAUCGUUUACUCAUUGCCUCUCGCGAUGACGCCGAAGAUAAAUUGCGCAAUGCCAGCGUCUCUCGUCGCAAGAGCGACCGCGCCCUCAACAGUAGUAGCGCCGACCUGAGGGAUCGCGAAGCCGAGGUGGAACAACUCAAGAACUCGGUGGAUUGGCUUCAGAAAGAAAUGAGUCGUGUCACCCAGGAGAAUGAGGGUCUCGCAGCUUCCAAUGCUGCCCUCGCUGCCGCCCAUGCCACCGAAGUCACUACCGUGCGCGAAUCAUCCACGCGCGAAUUGGAUGACUUGCGAUCGCAACACAAUGCCCUCUCAUCUGAGAUGGACGAUCGGGUCCGACAAGAAAUCGAGUCGGCUCUCGCUCAAAAGGAUGCUGAGUUGCGACGCCUACGGGAAGAGCUGGAAGAAGCCCGCGACAAAGUGAAGGAGCUGCAACAGCAGAUCGCCUCGUCGGUCAAUGACAACGCUCUCGUCUUCCGCGACGAGGACUACUUCGACGCUGCGUGCCAAAAGCUGUGCGGCCACGUUCAACAGUGGGUGUUGCGCUUCUCCAAGCACUCUGAUCACCGUCGCUGCCGCCGCUUGGUCGACAUCACCGAUGAGAAAAUUGCCGACCGGUUCGAAAACGCCUUCCUCGAUGGCUCCGACGCCGACGCGUACCUGUCCGAUCGUGUCCGUCGUCGCGACGUCUUUAUGUCGGUGGUCAUGACGAUGGUAUGGGAGUAUAUCUUCACUCGCUACCUCUUCGGCAUGGACCGUGAACAACGUCAAAAACUCAAGUCCCUUGAAAAGCAAUUGGGCGAGGUCGGUCCACGCCGCGCAGUUCAUCGCUGGCGCGCUACUACCUUGACCCUUCUGUCACGGCGACCAGCUUUCGCCUCACAGCGCCAGAGCGACACUGAAGCGGUCGCACUUGAGAUUUUCGGUACUCUGUCGCGAAUCCUUCCACCCCCCUCUCAAAACGAGGGCCAACUCCUCGACUCCCUCCGCAAGGUCCUCCGUGUUGCUGUCAACCUCUCCUUGGAGAUGCGCACCCAACUGGCAGAGUUCAUCAUGCUGCCCCCUCUCCAGCCCGAGUAUGACACCAACGGCGACCUUGCCCGUCAAGUCUUCUUCAACGCCGCGCUGAUGAAUGAGCGCAGCGGCGAAACCACCUCCAACGACGAGCUCGAAUCCUCCCAGGCCGUCGUCCGCAUCGUGCUCUUCCCUCUCGUCGUCAAAAAGGGCAACGAUGUCGGCGAAGGCGAGGAGGAAGUCGUCGUCUGCCCUGCUCAAGUCCUUAUCGCUCGCUCCGGCAAAGACAAGAGAGUGUCUCGGAUGAUGAGUGGUGAUCGCAUGUCGUUUGAUGCAUCCCGCUCCGUCCAUAGUGUGGCACCAUCCAUGGCACCCUCAAUGGCCCCCUCUACGAUGGACAUGAGCAAUGUGAUUUGA